AUGAAUUUAUCUUAAAAUCUUCGUUAUGGAUCUUUUAUAAGAAUAGCUGGCAAAGGGAACGGUGGAACUAAAGGUAUUAUAACUUCCAAAGGUUUUUUCGAUCAUGCUGUUUAUUUCUAAACAUAUGAAGAUAUGGAUGAUAUCAAUAAUUUUAGGGACGGAAUCUUUCAAAUAUUGCCUAGAGGAAGUUUUGAAAUUCAUGAUGAAUAUUUGAAAGGAAUGGAUAAAUCACCGAGUUUGCAAUAGAGGAUGAAAUCUGAAAAAGAGCAGUAUUUCAAUAUGAUAGAUAAUAAAAUGAAUGAAGAAGUCUAUUUUAGUUCAGAAGUAAUAUUUUAGCAUGUCGAAUCCGGACAGUAUUUAGCCUGUUCGGAAGAGUGCAGCGAUUCAAGAAGUGAUAGCUUUGGACUAAAACUAUAAUAAUUUUUAUCCAGCAGAAUUAUAUUCAAAAUGGAGCCAAGUAAAAGUUAUCAACAAACAGGAAGGCCAAUAAUUUCCAAACAAUCAGUCAAAAUCCAAUCUGAUAUAACGAAGUUUUGGAUCGAUAAAAAUAUGAGAUAGCCAGUAUAAUUGGAUCAUAAAUCGACUUAAGCUGGAUUGAAAAUAUAAUUAAAAGGAUUAUAAGAAGAUUCUCACAGAUAUGAAUUGAUUGUCAGCCAUUAUUCUGACAGUGAAUGGAAAAUAUAAUUAUAUGAUAAUUAUGAGAAGCACUAGCAAAAUAAAUUAAAGCUAAAAACCAACGAAGUAGUUACUUUUAAAUGUCCUAAAAAUGAAGCAUAUUUAGGAGCUGAUUUAUAAAAUAACACUAUUGUUCUUAAACCAACUUUGCACAACUAAUAAAUACCUGUAGAAUGUUUAUGGGAGCUACAAUUCCAAGAAAAACCAAAUAGUGAAUUGCCAACUAUAACAUUAUAACCUAGAACCUUAGCAGCAAUACGACAUUCAUUUUUAGGAUAAAAUAAUCUAUUUGUUCCUAAUGUAAACCAAUAGUACAAUUAAAAAAAUGCCACAGAAAAUUAACAAUAAAAUUAAUCUAAAUUUAAGAAAAAUAUCUAAAAGUAGUUAAGAUUAAGACAUGUAAUGACUGGCAAAUUGUUAUUUUGUUAAGAUUUAUUUGAUGCUGAUGAUUGUUUUCCAGCAAUACUAUCUGAUGAUUCAUGCACAAUAGGCUUGUAAUUGGCAAAUAGAUAUGAAAGAGAAUUUAUGGAUUUAUCGUAUGUUAAUUUAGUCAGAGAUGAUAAUGUACUUACAUCAAUUUCAACAAAAUAAUCAACGAAAACUUUAAGUGAUGUGCGCAUUAAGAAAUCAGAUAAAAUACAAGGAACAAAUGGAUUCUUUAAAUAGUUAAUAUAAGAAAAAGAUAGUAUAAAAUGUGGUUUCAGGGAUCGAGCAUUUAGUAAACCAUUCAUUAUUCAAAGAGUCAAAUAAUCAUUUUUUAAAAUAGUCUUACAACCAUUUUCAGCUUAUGGUUAAAUGCUAUACUUUGUUCAAUAGCUAUAAACAAACCCUUUGAAUUUUCCUUAUGUGAUCCCUCCUGAAAGAAUGUAUUAAAUUUAAUUUUUAUUGAAUCGACUGCAUGAAUAUUUAAUGGAUAAAAUUGAUAUAAGUGAUGAAAAUGCAGAUGAUUUACCUAUUUUUGAAAGAUAAAUAAUCCUCAAAGAACUUUAUUUCAUUGAAAUAUUGGUCGAAUUGCUGUAUCAUUUAUGUUAUAAAAAAGGAACCAAAAAAUUAUAGGUUUGGAGAAAACAAAAGGAAAACAUUUAAACUAUUUUUUCAUCCACAUAUUAAUUGAUGACAAAGCUCAUCUAAAAUAAUAUGGUAACAAAACUUUACGCAUCUUAAUGGCUUGAGAUGUUCCUGCAUUAAUAUAUGAGUUUAAAUUAACCUGCCAUUCAAACUUUCCUUUCCGAAAUGUUAGAUAAUAAUAAAGAGGCAAUACAAAAAUUCUUGAAUGAAAAUAUCAUCAAAAAAUUGAUAGAGCUUAUCACAUAGUAAUCACCUCAUGACAAAUAUCUAAAGAUCUUGAAUGCAAUCUGUGUUUCUAGCAACUAAGCUAUCAGAGAAAAUCAAAGACUAGUUCUGGAAAACUUUUUUAAAGUUGUUGCUCCAAAUUUCAAAUUUGAUUUUAAGAUAAAAUAAGGCCAUAUUUACAUUCAAUCAGCGGAAGAAUUAACAUAUUCUAGAUGGUAGAAUUUAGAAUAAUUUUACAAAUCCAGUUUGAUGAAUGAUAAUUUAGAAUACUGGAAUUAUUUCAUUAGUUAUUUUGAUUUAUUAGGAGAUGUAGCGAUGAAUAGAUUUGCAUAAGCUAAAGAGUUCAUUGAUUAAAAUUACUCAUUGGAAAUAUUUUGCAUGAUCUUACAUGAGGCAUAAUCAUAUCACAUGUUCAAUUUGAUGAAACCUUUUUUAAAGUUGAUUCGAUAUGCUUAUAUAGACACUCCCCCUUACUAAAAGUUUAAGAAAUUAAGAGUUAUUUAAUUUAAAGAUUUGUAAGGCGAUUUUAUUGAUCAUUCAACAACAUUACCAAAAACAAGUCCAUUAUUGGAUAAAAUAUAGAUUAAUUACACAAUAAUAUUGAAUAUUCUAAAAACUUACAAUCAGUUCUAUAAUUACUUAAAUGUUCAAUAGAAAUGCAAUUUUGGGUUGAUAUGGAUUAGAUAAAAGUAAUAUUAACUGCAAUGCUAUAACAUUUGCUCAAGUAUUAAGAAUUUUAAAAUGAUUAAAGAUUAAAUGGAAUCUCCAAAUGUUUAACUUAGUUCUAAAAGUAUUAUCCAACUGAGUAAGUUGUAUUAAUCUGAAGAGAAAGAAACUCACAUUCAUAAAAAAAUCAAAUCGACCAGACUAAAUGAAACAAAUAAUAUAUUUAUGACAUGCAAACAAUUAGCCUGUGAAAUAAUUAAUACCAUUUUUGAUCUAGAAAAUAAUAUAAGGGUAUUUACAUGCUCCAAAUUAUUUAAAGAAUAAUUACUAUAGUUAGAUCUAGUAGAUCCUAAUUUGGCUAAUAUCAAUAAUAAUUAAAAGAGUUUAAAGACGAGCAUUGAUGUAUAGAAAAUGUCCAAAAAGAGCAAUGCUUUUAUCAAAGUGAUUUAAUAAAAGUUCAAAAAUUAAAAUAUUGCUGAAGAGAAAAACUUAUAUGAUAUAACUAAUUGGAUUAAUAAAUUUAGGUAGAUAGUCUCUGAUAGAUCUUUGUCCAAUUUUGAAAAUUUUGAAUUGAUAUUUGCUGAAUUAUCAUUUUAUGAAAAUCUCUAUUUACCGAAAUAUUCCUUAGAAAUUCUAUCUAGAGCCUAUGGAUAAAGAAAAGAAUUAAUUUAAAAUUUUGAAAAAGUAAUAAUUGUUGUUUCUGGUAAAACUCAAGAACUAAGUUUAUUAACAAAGCAGAUCAUGAAAAAAUUAAAUAUAUUGUAUUAAACUGAGUUCUACACUAUGUAUAAGGAAACUAGCAAUAACAUUAGAACAAGCUUAAUUUGGUACCAUUCGAAUGAACAUUAGAAGGCUGGUCUGAUGUAAAACCUUUUUCAAUUAGGAUUGUAUUUAAAAAAGGACUUUGAUAAAGGAAGGUCGUUGAAUCCUUUAAAUUUUGAAGAUUAUAAACCAGAAAACAAUUCAACUAUAGCAUUUUGCGAGAGGGAAUAAAAUUACAAAUUACAUUAAGCAAUUUUAAUAGCUGAAGAAAUUCACAUACCGCUAUUAGAAUAUAUCUAUAAAUUUAAAGCAGAUUAAUCAACUAUCUAUUGGAAAUUCUUACAUUCUAUAUAUGAUUUUAUCACAAUUCUUAUUUGGAACAACUAAGAGAAUAAAUAAAUCAUCAUAAAUAACAAAUAGUUGAUGUAGAGCAUAGAGCAACAUCUAAAAUUUAAUAUUGGAGCCAUUGAUUUUUUGAAGGCUUUGUAUGCAAAUAAUAAAUCAUUGUUACUUAGUGAAAGGGAAAUGACACUUAUAUUGAAUUCUGUUGUGCCAGUAUGCAAUGAAGAGCCCAUCAAUAGUUAUUUUAAAUCGAAAACAUUAGACUUCAUCAAAGCUUUAUUGUUAUUUAAUUCUAAUUAUAUCACAUCAAACCAAACUGUAGUCCUUCAGAAGCUACAAGAGAAAUAGUUCAAUAAAAUAAUAUUACAAUUUAAUAUUUAUGAUGACUAAACUCCGAUUUCUCCAGGUGAGAACAAUUUUAGUGAUGUUACUUCUUCAUUAGACAGCGAAAUCGAUCAAGAGACUAUGAUAUCAGAGUUGGUAAUUAAAAAUUGGAUAAAUUAAUAUGAAAAAAGCUAUGAGAAUAUUGGCUAUGGAUUUCAUGAAUUGUACAUCUCCCCAGAAUUAACAUACCUUUACACUUUCUUUUCUUUGUUUAGUCAAUUAAUUGAGGAAAAGCAUAUGAUAAAUAUAAAGAAAUGUUUGAAAAUUCAUAAAUUCAAUGAUUUAAUACUACUGCUACAUCUGGCUCAAGAUUGCUGGCCUUUGAAAAGACAUCUCCGAGCAUAUAUUAAUCGAUUGUAUUAUAGUAAGGUAAGUGAUAAUUUUGAUUUAAUUGUCAAAGUUGAUUUGGUGAUUAUGAUUGAUGAUUUAUAGAAGAUUAUAGACUAUUUAAUAUUGCCAUAGCAUUCUUAUAUGGCGAUGACAAUUAUUAAAGCUCCCAUUAGAUAUAAGUAUUUAAUGAGUUAUAUAUACUUAAACUUGGAGGAGAUACUAAUAUCAUUAAAUAGUUUAUUUUUAAACGAGUAGUUCCUUGAGUAUUUGGAAGAAUUAAUACUUUUCAACUAAUAAAAUUCAAUUUAUAGAUUACACUUCUAAUUAUUUGAGAUUUGCUAAAAGCUUUUGAUAAUUGAAAAAAUCUACGUUAAAGAAAACUUGGGUCAUUUGUGUUAAUUAUUAUUGGAUGUAUUUUAAAGUAUAAUCUCUGGGUUUGAAACUAAAAUAUUAUUGAUGAGAGAAGGCUUGUAUAUAAGUAUGAUUGAGGAAAUGCUCUUAUCUCAAUACAUCAAGGGCUCGAAUCAAUAGGAUCUGACAAAGACUUAGGUGAGUAAAUUAUAGCAAAUUUAAAGAAAUAGAGAGAUCUACAAAUAAUUGUAAUAGAAUAGUCAUGAUUCAUCAGUUAAAUAAUAUUUGGUUCAUUAGGUAUUCUGCUUAGAUUAAUAAUUUGUUAAAGAAAGUAAAUUACAAAGUACUUUAGAAUUUUGGAAAACCUAAUCCAAGUAAAGAUAUAAAUCAUUUAAGUAAGACAUGAAUGAUUUAAUAAAUCAUAAGUUAAGAAGAAUUAUGAAUAAUUGGAGCUUUGUUCCUUAAUUCUCAUAGUUUCUAGAUGAAGAAUUUUAUGAAGUAUGCAAUAAGUUAUCUUCAAUUGGUAGGCAAUCUUAAGAUGCUUAUUAAUCGAAGUACGAAGUGACAACACUUUAAGAUUAUAUCUAAAACAUCAUUUCAAUCUGUGGAAAUACUAGAGAAUAACAAUUUUCUGAUGAUAUUAGGAUUUUCUUUUUGAGAUUGCUUAGCAGAUUAAUUACAGAGAAGAAUUUAAGUAAUAAAUAAAAAAUGGUAGAGGUGGAUCUUUGGACCAGUGAAUUUUGGAUCGAUUAUAAAUAAGAAAUAAAUCAUGCUUAGAAUUUACUUGCAAAAUGUGGUGCAUAAGAUUUGAUCUUAUUAAUUUUAUCAGAAAGCUUUUUAGAAAUUAAUUUAUCAUUGUUAAAUGAAUGUCUCUUAUUUUCAAUAGCAUUUUUGUUAGGAGGGAAUACUUAAGCAUAAAAUGCAAUUUUAUUGAAAUUAAAAUAAGAUUCACAAAAUUAAAUAUUAACUAACAUCAAAAUCAUCAUCACAAAAUUAACUAAGGUAAUCAAUAAUAAUUUUUCUAUUGUCACAUAUAACAACACCAAAGGUUGCGAUUUUAUAUAGACAGUCGAUAACUUUGACUUCUAUAAUACUAAUACUAAAGUUAUGCAAAGAGUGAAUGUUGUCGAUCCUGAUGACUUUAAGGAAACGAAUUUCAAAAAAUAAUGCUUAGAUGUGUUAUGUCGAUUCUUUAGAGUGAUGCAAUUACUAUGUGAAAAUAAUAAUAGUGAAAUGAAAGAAUUUUUCAGAAGACAAACUGAUGAUUAAAACAUAGCAAGAAUAAACUCAAUAAAUUUUAUUGAAUUCACUAGUGUGUAAUUAAGAGCAUAUUUAAAAAUAUUGUCUAGAGCCAUCAUUAUUAUCCCUGCAUCAAUACUUGACUUCAUUAAUGAAGUAAUUUAGCUACCUUGCAUUGAAAAUUAAAUAACUUUAUGUCAUACUACCUUUUUUGAGGAUGUCAGCAACAUGGCUCAUUUCUUUGCUAAUAAAUCAAAUCAACUUCAAAGAUUAUUUGAUACUGAAGAUGACUUGUAAGAGUUGUAAGAAUUAUUCAAUAAAAUUCUUCAGACUGUUUUAUUGGUUUUAGAAGGAAAUGAAGAAAAGAUUUAUAAGGAUAUUUAGAACAAAUUAGAAGCCUCGUUUCUCAUUAGCUUCUUAAGUCUAAGUUUUGAAUAACUUAACAUUGAAAACAUCAAUGAUUUAGAAAUUUAUUUGUUAUAAUAGGAUAAGAUCUUUAAUUCAGAUAUGCUUCGAAUUUUAAACGUAUGCAUUAUUGAAUAAAAAAUGGCUUCUUAUUAGCAAAGUCGAUGGAUAUAAUAAUUUCAUGAGCAAUUAAGUGUAAAUCCAAUUAUAAAGGAUAUUUAUGAUAAUCUUAUAGUUUUAAUUCAUAACAUAGAAAUAGUCUAUGAAGGGAAGUCCAUGACAGUAUUCUUUCCUUAUCAUCCUCUUUUUAACUUAUUAUCUGAAUCAUCAAAACAAGAUUUAUUAUUUUAAAUAAAUAGAGAAACCUAAAGAGAUAAACUGCUGGGUUUGCUUAGUGCAACCAAUAUCUUAUUUUAUGAAUUAGAACACAAUUAUAAGUUAAACCACUAUAGAAUUCCCAUUACGUAAAAUAAUCUUAAUGUAAUGCAAAAAUUAUCCUCUGUCUUGGCCUUGUUAAUAAAUUUAUCAAUGAUUUUUUUCUAUACAGUAGUCGUUAAAGGGAAUACGUAUUUGUUAACAUCAACUCUGUACAACUCUUUAAUCAUAAAAAUGCUCUCUGUCAGUUAGCUAUUCUCAUAGAUUAUCUUAUUUAUAAUGGUUAGUUUUCAGAGGAUUCCAAUUUAUCUAUAAAAAAACAGCAAAGGCAAUGACAAAUUAAGUCUAUUAUUAGUGAUCAUUCAGGAAGAUACUUGUUUAUUAUUGUUUCUAUUGGUUUUAUUGUCUUUUUUUGGUGCCUUCAUAAAUAGCACAGUAUUUGUGAUCCAUCUUGUUGAAAUAUUUAGUCGAGUAACUAUCUUAAAAAAUGUGUUUUAAGCUAUUAGUUAUAAUGCUAAACAAUUAUUGGUUGUGGCAUUCUUAGGAGUACUUUUUGUAUUUGCCUUUUCAGUUAUAAGUUUUAGUGUUUACUUUGAUGAUAUCUAUUAAGAGGAAUAGACUGAAACAUGUGAUUCAUUAAUUACUUGCAUGAUAACGCUUAUAACUUCUGGAGUGAUUGGUAAUAGUAUGAUCAAUUGGGAUCCUUUAAAAUUCUUUUUUGAUAUGCUUUUCACAGUGUUUUUUGGAUUGCUUUUUACCAACAUUGUUUAAGGUAUCAUGAUCGACACAUUUGCAGAAUUAAGAGAUUAAAGACAAAAGAUUGAAGAUGAUAUAAAAAAUAGAUGUUUCAUAUGUGCAGCAUAGAGAGGUGAGUUGGAAAAUAAAAAUUAAUCAUUUGAAUAGCACAUUCAAGAAAAACAUUUAAUAUGGAAUUAUGUAUUUUAUGUGAAAUGUUUAUGGUUAAAGGAAUGGACAGAAUAUACUGGAUUAGAGUAUUGGAUCUAUGAAAAAAUAAAAUAAGAUGAUACAAGUUGGUUUCCAGAAUCCGUCAUUGAUGGCAAAAAUAUAGCAGAAAGAUUAGAUUAAUUAGAAAAUCUAUUAUCAUAAGUAAUAGUCUAUUAAGAGAAUAAUUCAGGAGGAUGA